AUGGAGUGUUUCCGACAGAUCUUUCGGUGCAUCAAGGCGCCAUUCACUCGCGAGAAGCCGCGAGUGCUUGAAAUUGGACCUCCAACCAACUUCCGAAAGGAAGAACUACCUGCCUGCUUCUCGGAUGCCGAGUCAGUUCUCUCGCCCAGCCAGAAUCCAGUCGAGCAACCUAUUCUGACAAAGGAACAACAGCACAUUGACGUCUCAGGACAGCCGCGGGGCAACGAUGGAGAAGAGCGAGAUGACGAUCGAGACAGUUUCGUGUCCGCAGUCUCCCAGCGACAAGAUUCAGAGCCCUGUUUGACGGAAGAGCACGAAGCUCACACGGUCGGUUUUCGAGACCGCCUCAAGCCAUCGCUCUGGUUCAAAAAGACCAAAGUCGACGCGCCUUGA